AUGCCAUCGAAAAUGGCCGAUGACAUUCUUCUCUACCUCCUUACUUUCAACUGCGCCCGGAAUCUCGUCGACAUCGACCGGUUUGCCGACCAUUUCUUCGAUGCCUUGCCCCUCACCGACACUUCCAUCUCACAGAGCUCCCCAGAUGUCAUUGCGGUCAGUCUUCAAGAGGUCGCUCCUAUCGCCUAUGCAUUCCUAGGAGGGUCAUUCCUUACGCCAUAUCUUGCUCGAUGGAACCAGGUGGUAGACCAGGCAGUGGCUCGCCGCUGGAAGGAUGUCCACUAUGUCAACUUGCUGACCGAGAAUGUCGGCAUGACAGCGCUGAUGGUGUUUGCUCGGUCUGAUGUCGCAGAGAACAUCUCAACCACGGCCUCCGCCUGCGUCGGGUUGGGUUUGCAGCAGAUGGGCAAUAAAGGCGCCGUUGGGGCUCGGUUGACUUAUACCUCACCAGGUCCGGACGAAGUCUCGACCGAUCUCACCCUAGUGGCAGCCCACCUUGCCCCGAUGGAGGAUGCCGUACACCAACGAAAUGAUGACUGGCGUGCUAUCGUCGAACGUCUAGUGUUUGAACGCCCAGGCACAGCUCGUCCGACCCAUGAGACCGGAGAGACCGCCGAGGAACCGGAACGAACUGCCCUUCUACACGAGUCUACAUCGCACGCUCCAGAGGACCUCCGUGGCAUUUUCAUCCCUACAAGCUACCUUUUCCUCGCAGGCGACCUCAACUACCGCACCUCUGACGCGUCACCGAGUAAGCAGGACUCCGCCCGAUUCCCACAGGCGCAUGCAGAUCCGACCAGCGCCCUACAUUACUCCCACCUCCUGAAGGAGGAUCAGCUCAUCCGGGAGAUGCAACAAUCCCGGACGUUCCACGGCCUGUCGGAGGCCCCCAUCACUUUUCCGCCGACGUAUAAGUACACUAGUGCAGCGCGCCAGGCAGCAGGCAAUACCAACCUCGACGAAGGGGCGCAGGAAUGGCUAUGGACGAGUACCCGCUGGCCCAGUUGGUGCGAUCGUGUGUUAUACCUGGAAUCCCCACCGGGCCUGGACCGGGAUGCUCAAGUAAAGCCGCUGGCGUACAAGGCGCUCCCGUUGUUUCCGACCUCAGACCACCGUGCCGUCGGGUUUUCUGCCUUGGUGCCCGUCCGCCCAGCGUCGCAGGGGGUUACGACCCGCACGGUGGCUCCGUUUCCGAUCGAUUCAAAAUGGCGGCCUGGAUGCGAAAUGGAUCUAGAACGGUCUGGAGUCCACGGCAAUGGGAAGUGGAAGGAUGCGAUGUCGAUCCAUCCUCAGCGGCUCAACGCAGACAAGCAGGAUUUCUCUCUUCCCGCUGCACCAAUGCCUGCAGCCGAUGACAUUAGGUGCGAGUCCUGCGAGUCUCGGGAGGCCACACGAUAUAGCAGGCUCUCGAAGGCCCCGGUGGAAGGGAUUUCUGUUUUUUCCCCUUGUCAAGAUGUCUGGUCUGACGAGAAGGCCGAUAUUCCGAACGGGCCGGUGCCUGAGCUAUGA